CACUGAUGGCUUCGUCACAACCUGUUUGGAUUCAGAAAGAAACCAUGUCGUUGACAAUCAUGAUAAUGCUUGGCGUUCUACUCACAAAUGUUUUCGGAGCUAAACCAUCUGAUAGUUUCGAUAAUCGCGUUGAAAAGUUUGAGAUGCUGCUCCAAAAUAUGAGUGAACAAUUGAAUAAUGAACAUCAGGCUAGAAUAGAAAUGGAAAAACAAUUGAAUAAUGAACAUCAGGCUAGAAUAGAAAUGAAAAAACAAUUGAAUAAUGAGCAUCAGGCUAGAGUAGAAAUGGAAAAACAAUUGAAUAAUGAACAUCAGGCUAGAGUAGAAAUGGAAAAACAAUUGAAUAAUGAGCAUCUUGCUCGAAUGGAACUGGAAAAAAAGCUUGCUACAACAGUUCACUUAGAGGCGCAAUCAAUAGAUGUGAUCGCUGAUCGCUUUGAAAGGCUGGAAAAUGCUUUGGUAAAGAUGAGUGAGCAAUUAAAUGAUGAGCGACUCGCUAGGAAACAUUUGGAAAACCAGCUUGCCGAAGAAAGACGACGACAUUUCCAAUCUCGACAAGUGGCAGAGGGCACGGAAAUUGCAUUUUAUGCGCAUGUAUCGCAGUAUAUCCCGCACCAAGGAGCCGGACAGGUCAUACGAUUUGACCAAGUCAUCACCAGCAUAGACUCGACGAACUCCGCUGCUGGUUAUAGCGCCGUCACUGGUAUUUUCACGGCUCCGGUGGAUGGACUGUACGUGUUUUCAACGACACUGAUGACGCAUGAAGACCAUGCUGCCCAUUACAUGAUCUACAAAGAAAACACGGCAGUAUGCACACUGCUCGUAAAUGGUUCAAACGGCCACCAAUAUGAUUCCGCUUCGUGUAACGUUGUUCUUGUGUUAACCAAGGGGCAAUCCGUGUCCGUUCGUCACUUUGAGUCCAUAGACCACGCUCUGGAGGGGGCCUACUAUGGGGGACAGUCAACUUUCUCCGGAUUUCUGCUCAUGCAACAUUAUCCUGCCUCUCCGAUUUUGGGAUGAAAUUGUACUUAAAACUGAAAUGUUAAUGUCAGUUACUUGAUAAUUUAAGUUAUAAUUUCUAUACGUUUUUGUCUAUUAUAUGCAAACAAUUGCAAAUCUGUUCUUUUUUAAGGCAAUGUCGUGAAAUAAACAAUUAGAUUGCUUAUACAUAAAAUAUUCGUUAUUGUU